AUGGCCGACACCCCAGGAUCAGAACAGUCCAAGCGAGAGGCACAAAUCAUUGACAGACAUUUACCUGAGGGAUACUCUGCCGAACCCGAAGCUGUCACGUAUGGCACCGAUGAUGGCAACGACAGCGAUGCUGCUUCCGGGAGGAAUUUUCCAGGGUCGCCACCCACCGAGGCCGAGUCCUCGUUGAGGCUUCAAGGCGGCGAUAUGCAUCGUGACAUUUUCAAGAUCAAAGCACGUGCAAGUCUUCCUCGACGAGCGAAUACCUUCUCUGCUAAGCACAGCCGGCCUCUGGUCAAACUACCUGACCCGCCUGUCGAGGAACAACUCCAGCCAGGUGGUAUGAGAAGACAGUAUGUGCAGCGUCAUAGUGUCCAAAGACGCCUCAGUACUGCCGCUACUCCUGUGACGAAGAACUUCAUCUCUUUCUUGGAACUAUAUGGCAGCUUUGCUGGUGAGGAUCUGGAAGACACCGACUCGAAUUCGGACGAUGAAUCUGCCAUUGAGGAAGGUGACGCCGAGCCAAAUGAACGGCGGCCUUUGCUUGGCCGCAAGAAGAGCUCGAGACGGAUGAAGAGAGAAGGAAAUGCUGGAACCACCAAGACCUUCUUCACGCUGCUCAAGGCAUUUGUCGGAACCGGUAUUAUGUUUCUGCCCAAGGCUUUCCGCAAUGGAGGAGUACUGUUUUCAUCAGUGGUACUGAUCAUGGUUUCGAUUAUCACGACUCUCUGCUUCAGGCUCCUGUUGCAGUGUCGGCAGAGAUAUGGAGGUGGUGGUUACGGUGAACUCGGUGGAGAGAUCUUUGGCAAGAAAGUGCGAGCCCUCAUUCUGGCUUCCAUUACACUGUCUCAAUUGGGCUUUGUCUGCGCCGGAUUGAUCUUCACUGCAGAGAAUCUGCUAUCGUUCCUGAACGCUGUGGUACCAGUCGGCCAGACCCAGCCAUUCAAGACGUCGUCACUCAUUGCCGUUCAGCUCGUGCUUCUGGUGCCACUGGCAUUGAUCCGGAACAUUGGCAAGCUUGGCCCAGCGGCCCUACUGGCAGACGUUUUCAUCCUCAUCGGUCUGGUCUACAUCUGGUCUUACGACAUCUCGAGCUUGGCUUCGGUCGGAGCUGCACCAACGAUGAAACUCUUCAACCCGAAUGCAUUCACUCUGACUAUUGGAUCGGCAAUCUUCACAUUCGAAGGAAUAGGACUCAUCUUGCCAAUCCAGUCAUCGAUGAAGCAGCCGGAGAAGUUCCCCUACCUACUCUACGCAGUCAUGCUCAUUAUUACUGUGAUCUUCACUUCCGUGGGAGCUCUGUGCUACGCGACCUUUGGCGAGGAGACCAAGAUUCAGGUCAUCUCCAACUUUCCACAAGACAGCAAGUUCGUCAACGCUGUGCAGUUCCUCUACUCCAUGGCCGUGCUCGUCGGAGAGCCCGUGCAGCUGUUCCCAGCAGUAAGAAUCAUUGAACAAUUCCUAUUCGGCGACCGAGCAUCCGGGAAGAAGAGCAGCUCCGUCAAGUGGAAGAAGAACGGUCUGCGCACAGGCGCGAUGGUCCUGUGUACUGUCAUUGCUAUCCUUGGAGCUUCAGAUCUGGACAAGUUCGUUUCACUCAUUGGCGCCUUUGCUUGCGUGCCCUUGGUCUACAUCUACCCACCCACAUUGCAUCUACGAGGCAUCGCUGAGACGAGGUGGGAGAAGGCUUACGACAUCAUGUUGAUCACUAUCGGAGUAGUCGCUAUGGCAUACACGACUGUGAUGACCCUCAAGCAAUGGAUUGGAGGAGAAUUGUAA